AUGUCUGAUCAUCCUUUGCCUGCUGGGUGGGAAAAACGAAUGAGUCGAACUAGCGGUAAAUUUUUCUUUUUUGUUUUUUUUUUCGAAAAAAAAAGUUUUGUUUCACAGAUCACGCAUAUUAUUACAACAGCGCAACUGGAAGAAGUCAAUGGGAAAGACCAGAAGAUUCGGCAUUUGGAAAAGGAAGCGAUUUGCAAAAAGUGAGAGCUUUGCAUAUAUUGGUGAAACAUGCCGGAAGCAGAAAUCCGUCGAGUUGGAGAUCGGAUAAUAUAACAAGAUCGAAAGAUGAUGCGAUUAAUAUUAUCAAUGGAUAUAUUGAACAAUUGAAAGAUGCGUCGAAUUUGGAGGAACAAUUCCGCAAUAUUGCCAAGGAGUUUAGCGAUUGUAGUUCGGCGAAACGCGGAGGAGAUUUAGGGGUUGGUUUUGAUCUAUUUAAAAAAAAACCUUUUGGGAAUUUUGAACAGGUGAAAAUUCCGGCUUUUUUCCAUAGGAACACAAAAUUAUUCCAAAUUUUAUUGUUGAGAAAAAUGGACAAUUUUUCAAUAAUUUUCACACGCCGCAAAAAAAUCGAUGAAUUGCACUUUUCCUUGGAAAAUGUAUUGUUAGUUGUAUUUAUUUUCUGAACAUCGUGAUCCGGGUGUUUUUGAAAAUAAGGAUAGUUUUUUGAAGGGUGUUCCCAAAUAAUUCGGUUUAACAUGACGUUUAGUUAGCUAUUGAUUAGCACUGAUUCUAAUUUAGCAGUUCAAACCCCGUAAUUCUAAUUUAGCAGUUCAAACCCCGUAAUUUUUUAAUUUCCGAGUAUUAGUAUUAGAAAAUCAAGAAUUACGUGAAGUUUUGGAAAUUGAUGUGCAGGAAUCCGAAAUUUGACGAAAAACUACCUUUUCUGAAAAUGCUCCCUUUUUAGCAUUUGUACUAUCUAAAUUCAAAAUUAACAUGUUUAUUCCACCUUCUCACAAAUUGGGACGCCACGUUUUGGGAAGUUAUGCUAAAUCUAAAUAGCCCCCCUAAGACUAUAAUGAAAUAUAUUAGUUCUUCGUUAUUAUAAUUCAAUUAAUUAAAAUGAAUUAUAUGCAUUGAUUUUUCUCCUAAUUCAGUUCUUCGAACGUCGCCAAAUGCAAAAACCAUUCGAAGACGCGUCAUUUGCUUUGGACGUUGGAGAGAUGAGCGGAAUUGUUGACACUGCUUCCGGAAUUCACAUCAUUUAUCGAGUUGCUUAA